UUCGUACUGUAUUGUACUGUAGCCCAAGGGGUCCCUUAUUUGUGAAUUGUAAGAUGAAGCUUGGGCUGUUUACUUUCUUCAAAUGGUGGCUAGGGGCAACGAUGACCUGUGAGGCGGCUAGAGUAUGGAGAAAGGCAAGCUAACACGAACCUAGACUAAGAGAAGACAAGGGUGAUGCUGGUGGUGAUAUUGCCCAAUGCCGUUUUCCACUGGGGCCCAAAAUACUACCGUCGCUGCUGCUGAUGCUGAUGCUGAUGCCGAGGGAUAUCUUGGUGAGCAUUGGCUUUUGUCAUUAUCCUUUUGGCUUAAGCCGUUGGCUUUGCAAAGCUGACGGGAGAAGAUGUGGGCUUUCGGCGAUCGCAUCGCAUCCAUCCCUCCCCCUAUCACGAUAUGCAGCUGCAUAAGACAAGGCUGCGCAGCGCCUCUGUGGUUGGUGCACCACUAGCUUCGUAUGCUUCGUAGUAACAGUGGCAGCGAGGGGCCCAAGUGGCGCUAUUGCAUUUUUGCAUGAUCCAUUCAUUGGAGGUGCUGGUCGGCAGUUUUGCUGCAAGGGAGACAGAAAGGCUGCAUAUAUGCCCUUUACUUUUUUUUUAUUUUCCGAGCCGAACAAGCGGCCUUUGUUCAGUGUAACAAUGAGUUGUGAUUUGCUUCUUUUGACCAUUGUGAAAUUGUAUUCUCCUGAGGAUGAGAACAGAGCAUGUGUAUCCUUGAAUGGUAGGAGUACAGUACACAUGAUAGCUGUCUUUUGAUGCUGUAUUUUGUAGGGGCGCGGGGUUCGUUCAGUUGCCAGCUGGCAGGCUCUCAACACCAUCACGGGAUCCGAGCAUGCGUCUGAAAAAGGGCAGUUAGACACCAGUGUGUGUAGCUCAUGCACAUAUCAGGCUCCCUCAUUUGGCUGCUAUAUUUGCAUUGCGUUUGCUUGUCUAAGGCAAAUGCAGCUGCAGCUGCACACAUUAGAUCACUCUCACUGCCUGAAACAUCAUCAGACACAAACGGCUUCCACAUUCCAGGCCGGCCUUUUUCGCGUUUGAUUAUUCCCCUCACGCUCUUUGGGUCUCCCUCCACCGCUACGACCUGCGCUAAAUGGCCCCCCACUACGGCAGCACUACAGUACUGUACGUACCAGCUGCCCGUGCCUACAGUGCAGUACAGCGCUGUGCUGUCCUUUACAGCCCGCUAUAACACGGCAUUGGACACGCUGCCCACCCACCCUCCAAAUAAAGCCCCUCUCUGUGCCUGCCCCAUCCCCUGACCUGAUUUCCCUUUGCUGGCCCGCCAAAUUUCCCUCGAACUAGCUGGCCGUCCGUCCUCUUCUACGCCUGCCCGUCCACUCCCCUGGCCAGCUUUCUCCAUCUUCCGCCUCUUCAUCGUCUACCAUUCUCUUUUCUUCUUCUCAUCAUCUUGCAUCUGCCAGUUUUCUAUUUCUUCUUCGCACAGCUUCAUCUUCAUCUUUCGCCAACGCCUCAUUUGUCAACCCCUACGCCCCCUUUCCCAAAUCUCGAUCGGGCCAUAUUGUCAUCGCUCCUCCCGACCGCCCCAUACAUAGCCGCCAAAGCUACCUGCCACCCGUAAACCACCUCCCACCAAAUCUUCAAAAUGUCCAGCACACAGCAUCACCAGUACACCGAUGAGGAGCUUGACCGCGACUGGGUCCCCAACGGCCGACGUCCUCAGUCUACCAUCGCCCGCUCUUUCUCACAGGAACUCGGUGAUAUCUUCCGCAUCGAAAACUCCAUCUCCGAUCUUGAUGGCCAAGUAGACGAGAAGCGCCAAAUUGUUGGCCAGGGAAACCGUGAGCUUGCCUCCAUUGAGGCUCGCAUCAAGCAGAUGGAGGAGCGUCUCCGUAAGAACCAAAAGGCUCACCCCGAACUGGCUGCCUUCAUCUCUCUCCCACCUCGCCCCCCAACCGGCGACGAAAAGGAUGCUCCCGCUCAAGGUAACAAAUCUCGACCUGGCACUGCCCGUCCCACGCACGCUGCUCCAAGCUCGGGCAAUAUGCCCCCUACACCCGGAGCUAGUGAAGACGGCGACCGAGAGUAAAUGCCUUGAUUCCCAAUUUUUCGACAAGUAUACCCGGAUGGCAUGGCAACAUACGAUCCAAUCAUUUUAGCCUUUUGCCUCAUCCGCCUUCUUCUUUUUAACCAGCACUGGCUUACUGCAUCCUACGACUUUUAAUACUUGGGGCUCGAAACAUCUCGCACGGAACCCUUCGACAUGCUUCAGCUGCAGGCGUCAGCCUAUGUUGACGUGCGGGAAUCGAACUUCCCAAAUCCCUUCAUUUUUACAUAUUAGGCGAAUGCUUUUACUGUUCCUUUUGUUUGGAGUUUGGCCAUGCUGCAUUGGGCUAGAUCGAGUGGACCACCGCAAGCAAUUACAACUACGCUGCUCCAUGUUCGACUUCUCGAUGCCAGGCCGAGAUGGAAAUUAUUGACUUUUUUUUAAACUACCUUGUACUAAUAUUGGAAGAAGAGAGCGUGGUAUUGCAAUGGGUAGUAUAGCUGCAUACCACAUCGCGAGGUCUUCCCGCUGCCAGUACUUGGAUAGUCGUUUCUGGCAGGCAAGAGAAGGGCUACGCUCGUUCCCCAGGAUUGCUUUUUAAUGUUCAACAUUGCACACGUUGUCUUGUCAUUUUAUUACGAUAGACUCUUUUACAGCAUAUCUGUCAAUGCGAGCAUUAAUGCGUUUCUCCUU